AUGUCAGCCAGGUAUAAGGAAGGGAAAGAUGAGCAGAGGAUGGCGCAGGCGCAGCUUAUGCCGGCCUUUGGAUCCUGCGAUGACAGCGCCAUGAUCGUCUUUGCCUAUGUCGUUACUCGCAGCCUGGAAACAAGCACAAAACAAAACAAGGCUUCAUCUGAAGUUGGGAUCAGGAACUGCCUUCUCGUCGAGCCAGAGCCAGAGUACCGCAUGUCACAGCGCCCGGACAGGGACAGCCCGGAAAGCCAGUAG